GGUACCACCACAGCUUGCCCUCUUCUCCAUACUCUACUGGUCCUGAGGGUCAAAGGUUACCUACGUCCGGGGCGUUAUCAUCAGAGUUUCUCAACCACGGUGUCCCUGUGAAGAUUCUGCUGCUGGUGUGUAAUGCUGCAGGAGCAGGCCAACAGACUGCCAGGUUUGGACCUCCGUUCUUAAUGAGGGAGGAUCGGUCUAUUUCCUGGGACCAACUCCAACAAAGCAUCCUCAGCAAGCUUUAUUACCUGAUGAUCAAUGGAGCUCCAGCUCAGAAUACCAGAGUACUCUUCAACAUCCGUGUGGUGGGAGGAUCACCGUUUUACAGCUACUUGUCACCUCAGGAUGGGCGGCCGCUCUACCAUCCGGCUGUUGACAGAGCUCUGAAGCUCUGCGGCUCAGGAGGYCCUCCUCACGUGAAGCUCAUCAUCGAGUGGGAGCACAGAGUCAAAGACUGCCUGUUUGGAAACAUUCACGAGGAGGUGGUGAAAGACGCGGACAGCGUGAGGAAUCUGCAGCAGCAGCACGUCCAGCAGUUUAGCUGCACCUUGGAUGAGUGCUUCCAGCUCUACACCAAGGAGGAGCAGCUUGCCCCAGACGACGCCUGGAAGUGCCCCCACUGUAAGCAGCUGCAGCAGGGCAUGGUGAAGAUGAGCCUGUGGACCCUGCCGGACAUCCUCAUCCURCACCUGAAGCGCUUCAGACAGGUGGGCGAGAGGAGGAACAAGCUCACCACGUUUGUYCAUUUCCCCCUGGCGGGCCUGGACAUGACGCCUCACAUGGUGAGCCGCAACAACGGCCCACAGCAGGUCCCACUUCAGCCGGGCUGGAAGCAUUCCAGGAGGCCGGACCUGGCUCCUCCGGACUUCCUGUAUGAUCUGUUCGCGGUCUGCAACCACCAUGGAGGAAUGCACGGUGGACAUUACACAGCUUUUUGUCGGAACUCUGUGGAUGGUCAGUGGUACAGUUAUGAUGACAGUAACACUGAGCCGGUUCCAGAAGCAGAGGUGUGCACACGUGGAGCGUAUAUCCUUUUAUAUCAGAAAAGAAGCACCAUCCCUCCCUGGUCUGCGAGCUCCUCACUCACUGGUUCCACCAGCUCAUCAGUCUCCGACCACUGGUUGGUCCGACUCACGGGGGGAAGUGAGAGGGGCAGCGUGGUUUCAGGUGAAACCAAUCCUGCAGCUUUGGAGGCCAUGCAGACUUCAGAGUCUCCUGAGCUGCCAGUCUUUAGAGARGAAUCCAUCAAAAGAACAGAAACAA